AUGGCGGUGGGCAAGAACAAACGGAUCACCAAGGGCAAGAAGGGAGGCAAAAAGAAGAUCGUGGACCCCUUCACGAAGAAGGACUGGUACGAUGUAAAGGCGCCGUCCGUGUUCAAAGUGAGGAACGUGGGCAAGACGCUGGUGACCAGGACGCAGGGGACCAAGAUUGCAUCCGAAGGGCUGAAGGGCCGCGUGUUUGAGGUCUCACUGGCUGAUCUUCAGGAGAAUGAAGACAACUCUUUCCGUAAGUUCAGGCUUCGGGUGGAAGACGUUCAAGGGAAGAACUGCCUCACAAACUUUUGGGGCAUGAACUUCACGACCGACAAACUCAGGUCCCUCGUCCGAAAGUGGCAGACCCUGAUUGAGGCAGUGGUGGAGGUCAAGACGACCGAUGGCUACACCUUGCGGGUGUUCUGCAUAGGUUUCACCAAGAAACACAGGCACCAGGUGAAGAAGACGUGCUAUGCCCAGUCCUCCCAGGUUCGACAAAUCCGCAAAAAGAUGGUGGACAUCAUCACAAGGGAUGCCUCGUCUUGUGACCUCAAGACUCUUGUGACACAUUUCAUCCCAGAGGCGUUUGGCACAACGAUCGAAAAGGAGUGCAAGGGCACCUACCCCCUGCAGAACGUCUUCAUCCGAAAGGCGAAGAUCGUCAAGGCUCCAAAGUUUGACUUGACAAAGCUGAUGGAGGUCCAUGGGGACUAUACUGAAGAGGCUGGCACAGCGAUUCCUCGACUGGAUGGGGAGGAGGAGACCACCGAGACCCCAGGUGGUGAUUGGGGCGACAGCUAG